AUGUUGAAAGAAGAAAUCAACAAUCUUGGAGAUAAACAACGUGCUACGACCCUUAUAGAAGAAAGUAUACAGCAGGACUCAAGCGAAGCCACAAGAAACCGAAACUCACAACAUAUAAGCAAUAAUCAGGUUAAUGAGAAAAAUGGUUUGCCAAGACGUCAGACGAUCAUAGAACUAUGUAAUGAAGAACAAAUCGAGAAAAGUGCGGACAAAGGCCAAGGACUACAACAGACUAUUGCUGGUGUGUUAAAGGAUGAGGCCAAAGUUAUUUAUAAGAAGCACCAAGAAACUAUAGAAAUAAGAGAUAUUGAUGACAAAACCUCAAAAAUUGAUAUCCAGAUAGCACUGCAAAAAGCAACCGGAGGAGCCUGCAACACACUAGCAGAAGCAAUUAGGAUUCGUAAGGCAUAUAGAGGUACCCAGAUUCCUCUAGUAGCUCUUCUAGCGGCAAUUGUACACGAUCUGCUCAAAGCAAGUAGCAAAAUACAAAUUGGAUGGGUCAACUGUCGAAUUAAAAUCAUCAAGAAACUAAUCCGAUGCUUUAAAUGCUGGCUAUUCGGACAUUAUAGAUCACAGUGCAAGAGCGAAGUGAAUCGGACCAAUCUAUGCAUUAGAUGUGGACAAGAAGGUCACAAAAUAGCAAACUGUACAAAUGCAGCAAAAUGUGCACUAUGCGCUGCAAAUGGAAACUCUGAAAAUGUAGCACAUCAUGCCGGCACUCACAGAUGUCCUGUAUAUAGGGAGGCCAUGGAGAAAAUAAUAAACGUAAAAGCAUGA